AGGGAGGUAUGAUAGAUUAUUCAAACAUGACGAGGAUUGUUGCAAGGAGGAAAGACCAUGUAUCACUACCAUCACACUUACUUGCAUCAAUCAAAAGGCGUGACAGAGGUACACAGUUUGUCCAGUCUCUCCUAACGUAAUGCGAACGGGAAGUCGAAGUCUCGUAACCAGUCCUUCGCAGUCAAACAUCGCUCGUAGUUGUACCUAAAUGAAUUUGAUAACAGCGUUCCGAUUGCCACCACCUUUGAAGCAAUUUUCGGUGUAUUGUUUCAAUAAAAACUGUUUUGCCUUCUUUUCGGCCGCAUCCCUAGUUAAAGUUAUUUCCUCUCAAUUGAAACUGGAUUGAAUAGGACUAGUCUAACCAGGCUGUUCAGACGUUUUGAAAGGUUGUCUUAAAGAAACAAUGGCAUUAGCGAAAGAAAUCGGAGAAGACACUUUUUUAGGAUUUUAUGCUUUAUUUUUUUUUCCAUUUUCAUAACCUCGGUUAGGUCAAGACAGCACCUCGAGCACGAGGAAAGGUACUUAUGCCCAGUACCCAAUGUCCAAUGAGGGGAGACUGAGGAAGGCUGGGUUACCAUGAAGAAUCGAACAUGGCUUCAGGCAGAGCUGGGCCAAAUAUUUUGGUGACGGGAACUCCAGGAACUGGUAAAACUGUGACGGCAAGGGAGCUAGCACAAAAGACAGGGCUAAACUACAUUAACGUGGGUGAUUUGGCGAAAGAGAAAAACUUGUAUGAUGGAUGGGAUGACCAAUAUGGCUGCCACGUGCUGCAUGAAGACAGGGUGAUUGAUGAAUUGGAAGAUCAGAUGAGUGAAGGUGGUAACAUUGUUGAUUAUCAUGGUUGUGACUUUUUUCCAGAGAGGUGGUUUGAUAUUGUGUUUGUAUUGCGAACAAACAACACAAUACUUUAUGAAAGGCUUGAAAAAAGAGGCUACAAAGGGAAAAAGCUAACUGAAAAUGUGGAAUGUGAAAUUUUUCAAACAAUACUUGAAGAAGCUAGGGAAAGUUACAGAAAGGAAAUAGUUCAUGAACUGCAAAGUGACUCUCCUGAGCAACUAGAAACAAAUCUUGAGCAAAUAGAAGCUUGGAUUCAACAGUGGUCUUCCUAACAGCUAUGGAUUGUUAUAAACCUGACUUAUUUAUGAUGAUUUGUGAAAACACCAAGGCCUCAAACAUUGAAGAAGACUUAAUUGAGUUAUGGUGUUGUUAUACAUUAAAAAUGCCUAAAAGGGUGUAACAAAGAAGUUUCACUUCAUCAUAAGGUAUUACUGGACAGGCUAAACUGUGUUGGAUGAUAACAAGCUGUAACAAGUGUUCAUCAAUGCUUAACACAAUGGUCUCUUUUGUAGCCAGCCACUCCUUGAACCAUGUAAAGCCAAACCAGAGAAGCCAAAUGUCAUGGGCAGCCACACUAAUGAAAUGAGUUUUGUCUGAAUUUUGAUUUCAAACAUAGCAGAAGAGAUGAUUAAUAAAAACAAUUACUCUAUGAAA